AUGGCGCGUCUCGGCCGCGUCGGGUUCCUGGCCCUCGCCGUGGUUUUCCACCUGAUCUAUACAUAUUCAAUCUUCGAUAUCUACUUCGUCAGCCCAAUUGUGAGUGGCAUGCAAUCGCAUGGCGUGGAAAGACCCUCCGGAACUCCCGCCCCAGCCAAACGACUCGUCCUAUUUGUCGCCGACGGCCUCCGCGCCGACAAGGCCUUCCAAGCUUUCCCUGACCCGUCCCCCGGCGCCGAUCCUGCAAACGACGAAUUGAUCCGUCUGUCGCCAUUCAUUCGCUCAAAGGUCCUAUCGCAUGGAACAUUCGGAGUUUCUCAUACCCGUGUGCCCACUGAAUCUCGCCCUGGUCAUGUUGCGCUGAUCGCCGGUCUCUAUGAGGAUGUCUCCGCCGUGACCACCGGAUGGAAGUUGAACCCAGUUGAUUUCGACAGCGUCUUCAACCAGAGCAGACAUACUUGGAGCUGGGGUAGUCCCGACAUUCUCCCCAUGUUCAAGGAGGGUGCCGUACCCGGGAGAGUGGACGCGGAUACGUACAGUGAAGAGGCGGAGGAUUUCACCGUGGAUGCGACACAUCUAGACACAUGGGUCUUUGACAAGGUCCAUGGGCUCUUUGAGUCGGCCAAGACCGAUCCGGAGCUGGACCGCAAGCUGCGGGACGACAAGUUGGUGUUCUUCCUCCACCUGCUUGGAUUGGAUACAACCGGCCAUUCUUUCCGCCCCUACUCAAACGAGUACUUGCACAAUAUCCAGGUUGUCGAUCGCGGAAUUGAGUCCGUCACCAAAUUGGUGGAUGAUUUCUAUGGCGACGACAAGACUGCCUUUGUCUUCACCGCAGAUCACGGUAUGAGUGACACUGGCAGUCACGGAGACGGUCACCCCGAUAACACGCGAACGCCGCUGGUUGCAUGGGGAUCUGGUGUUGCGCACCCGCAGUAUGCGACAAGCGGUAUUGCUCCUGGCCACGAGGAUGGCUUUUCCGCCGAUUGGGGUUUCGACCAGGUCCGCCGCCAUGAUGUCGCACAGGCCGAUGUUGCCGCGCUCAUGGCGUACCUGGUGGGUCUGGAUUUCCCUGUCAACUCGGUUGGUCAAUUGCCGUUGGACUUCAUCAGCGCGAGCCCUGAAGAGAAAGCCCAGGCUGCCUUGGCCAACACUAGGGGUGUUAUGGAGAUGUACCGUGUUAAAGAAGAGCAGAAGAGCAACGCCGUUCUCCGGUAUGUGCCGUAUGAGUUGCUGUCCGGCAACCACAUGAAUUCACCUGAAUACCGGCUGGAAAACAUCGAGGCCUUCAUCUCCAAGGGCGAGUUUGACGAGGCUAUAUAUCUGUCUGCUGAAUCUUUCCGCGCCGCCCUCGAAGGUCUGCGUUACUUGCAAACCUAUGACUGGCUAUUUUUGCGCACCAUCGUCUCUGUCGGAUAUCUAGGUUGGAUCGCGUAUGCAUUGACUACGGUGAUUGACCUGCACGUUCUUCACGGCACAUCAGACACCCACCGCACGACGGCGAGUAUCUCAUUCUUCUCGUCAAUCUUGGUCGCCUUGUUCUCGAUAUUCUUGUACCAGGGUUCUUCAUGGCGUUACUAUUUCUAUGCGUUCUUCCCAGUCUAUUUCUGGGAAGAAGUUUUCGCACGCCGCAAGGCCUUGGUUGCAGGCCGUGAAAUUGUUCUGGGCCACGUUCGCUCCUUGACUGGGUAUAUCAAAUUUGGCCUUCAAUUUUUGGCAUUCCUCGGCGUGAUGGAGGCUAUGGUACAGUCUUAUUUCCAUCGCGAGAUUUUCACAGUGUGUUUUGCUUUGGGAGCAUUUUGGCCUGCGGUUCAUGGCUUCGGCUUCGUUCGCAGCCAUGCGACCCUCACAGCUACUUGGGUUCUUGGUUGUGGACUGAUGAGUUCCUUCACUCUUCUACCGGUUAUCAAGGUUGAAAACAUUGAUACAAUUACCUAUGGUGGAUUGGCCAUGUUCCUCACCGGAAUCCUAUAUCUACUGUUUGAGGACGCCAUUAUUGGACCCAAAGAACCCACUGCCAUAGGCCGUGUCGGUUCGCGGGUCAUCAUGGGAAUCCAGCUUGGCAUGGUUCUACUUGCAGUCAUUGUCACUCGAUCGUCUGUGUUUUCCCUGCAGGCUCGCCAAGGUCUGCCAUUCGGGAACCUUGUUGUUGGAUGGGUUGUAUUUGUGGCAUCCCUGGGUCUACCCUUCCUCCACCGCUUAUAUCCCAACAGCAACUAUCUUCAUCGACUCAUGAUCAUCUUCCUGACCUUCUCACCAACAUUCAUCAUCCUCACGAUCUCCUGGGAAGGGCUAUUCUACUUUGUGUUCUGUAUGACCAUUGUAACUUGGGUUCGUCUCGAACACGCCAUCUACAUCCACACAGGAUCUGGUGUGGUUAAGCAGCAAAGUUCUGGCAACGACCCCACCGCACAGCCGGAGAAUACGGCCUCGACGACCGUCAACGGCGAGACAUUUUACUACCGCGCUCUGACUCUAUCUGAUGUCCGCGUUGCGCUCUUCUUCUUCUUCCUCCUACAAUCCGCCUUCUUUAGCACAGGAAAUGUUGCCUCUAUCUCGACAUUCUCCCUCGACAGUGUUCGCCGGCUGGUUCCUGUCUUUGACCCCUUCGCUCAAGGUGCGCUUUUGAUUCUCCAGAUCCUCAUCCCCUUCGCCAUCAUCAGUGCCAACCUAGGCAUUCUCAACCGUCGCCUGGAGGUCGCGCCCAGCGCGCUUUUCAUGGUCGUCAUGGCCAUCUCUGACAUUAUGACGCUCAACUUCUUUUAUAUGGUGCGAGAUGAAGGCUCUUGGCUCGACAUCGGCAUGACCAUUAGCCAUUUCUGCAUUGCAAGUGCCCUGUGCACUUUUGUGGCUGGUCUCGAGUUCCUGAGUGAGCUGUUCGUCAGUGGCGUGCAUUUCCCCGUGAUCACGGCUGUCGGGUCCGCAGUAGUCGAGACCAUCGACCAAGCCACCGAAUGUGGCCACGAGGAACGCAAGGAACCAAAGAAGGCCCAGUCCAAUGGGACCAAACAGUCCAAGUCCAAGUCCCGCAGCAAGGGCAGGGGCAAAUCGGCCAGGUAG